CUUACGAGAAAUGGGCUUCCAACACUGAGCUCCAUCCGUAUAUGAGCGGGUGUUGUAUAGUUAUUGUGGUGGUUUUUUAAAUCUAUCAUUUUUCAUAUUAAAUUGCUAUCUGUUUCUUUAAUAGGAACGAAGGAAAGGAUUUCCUUGGUCUAGUUCACACAAACGCAUUCAUAUCCCAUAAUUUGAUUAUCUCUGAUUCUAAACUAAGUGCUUAAAUUCUUUCGAAUACCAUAAAACUUUCAAGGUUUGGGUUUUAUUUCUGAGUUUAAAUAAGCUCGCAACAAGUCUAGCUAUAUACCAUCGUUCUUGCAACUCUUUGUUCCUUGAGGACAGGCUUUCAUUUGCGCAUAUCGGGUUGAACUUUAUUACGAUUCCCUCAUAGUAUUGAAGCACCAUGGCCAUAAAGACAAAUGGGUUUGUCAAAGAUUGUCUUCCUGAGGAACUAAAGAAAGUGCUUCGAUCAGUGGCUGCCAGCUGGGGCGACGUGAUCGAUGAUAUGGGGGCCUUGCGUGUGAUCCGAUUAAGCGGUGCAAUGACUAAUGAGGUUUACCAGAUAAACUGGCCUACAAAGAACGGUGAGAUUGUCAGAAAGGUCUUGGUUCGGGUUUAUGGUAAAGGCGUGGAAGUUUUCUUUAACAGGGACGAUGAGAUUAGGACGUUUGAGUGCGUGUCAAAGCACGGGCAGGGGCCACGCCUUCUCGGGCGGUUCCCAGAUGGGCGGGUCGAGGAGUUCAUUCAUGCUAGAACAUUAUCAGCUGCUGACCUCCGAAAUCCUGAAAUUUCUGCCCUCAUUGCAGCUAAGAUGAGAGAGUUCCACAAUCUUGAUAUGCCUGGUCCAAAGAAUUUACUCCUCUGGGACAGAAUGAGAAACUGGCUUUGCGAGGCCAAAAGUUUGUCUUCCCCACAAGACAGAAAGGAAUUUUGCUUGGAUACUCUAGAGGAGGAAAUUAGUAUGCUACAGAAAGAGUUGUCACAUGAUCAUCUAGAUGUUGGAUUUUGUCACAAUGACCUGCAAUAUGGUAACAUAAUGAUGGAUGAAGAGACAAGAUCAAUCACUCUCAUUGAUUACGAGUAUGCAAGUUACAACCCCGUUGCUUAUGACUUUGCAAACCAUUUCUGUGAAAUGGCAGCAGAUUACCAUUCUGAGACACCUCAUGUUUUAGACUAUAGUAAAUAUCCAGGUCUGGAGGAGCGCCAAAGAUUCGUCCGCAUGUAUUUGAGUUCAACAGGCGAUGCACCCACUGAGGAACAAGUGGAGCAGGUAGUCCAGGAUGUGGAGAAAUACACUCUUGCAAACCAUCUCUUUUGGGGCAUAUGGGGAAUUAUUUCAGAUUAUGUGAACAAGAUUGAUUUCGACUACAUGGAGUAUGCAAGACACAGAUUUCGUCAGUACCGGCUGAGGAAACCGGCAUUGUUGGGUCCUUCAUUUUGAAUGUUUCUGUAACAUAUUCCACAUGAUAGUGAUGAACUCAUCUGAAUAUUUCAUGUCUAUCUAGAUUUAGUUUUGUGAGAAUCUAAACGUGUAAUAACCGGCAUAAAAGCCGCUGAGAAGGAGGUGGUGUUGGAUGAUCCUACUUGGUAGAAAAGGUGGUGCUGGAUCCACUGAGCAUGUUUUAUUUCGCUGCAAA